AUGGAUUUCACAAGUCGUGGUGAAGAAAAUCCUGCUUGUGGUUCAGCCAUCCCGCCUGUAGUCGUGGUUCCUGAGGAUGGACAAGGUAACGUUAGCCCUACUUCACUUGUUGAGAAAAUUUUUAACGAUCCAGAAGCUUUGACAAUGCUUCGCAAAGCAAUUUUAAACGAGGAAUCUGGUGAAGCGCUCAAGGCUCGCCACCCUCAGGAAAAAAAUGCUGGAGCGCUCAAGGCUCGAGAAACAGCAACAACUCUCGAAGGCCCGGCGACUAAAAGGCCAAGAAGGGCGGACAGUCCUCCCACAGUGGAGACUGAUGAGAAUGUAGAGUUUGAAGAGAAUUUCUUGGGCGGAAAUGAUGAGUCCUUUGAGAUUAUUGAUGACGAGGACGGGCAAGCCCAGUCUGCAUCUCGAUGGCGUCCGAAGAGUUGUCAUCCUUUUUGGAUACUAUUCGAAAACCAUUAUCAUCCUUUGAGAGGAAAAUUAUUUGUCGAAAAUAUCCUCGUCCAGACGUGGACUCUGUUUAUACACCAGAUUUGGAUGACUAUCUCACCAGUCUCGUCCCUGGAGUGAAAGCGGUAGACAAGCAAAGUAAAUUCCUCCAAGAUCGGCUGCUUGACACCCUUGGUCCAGUAAGCCAAUUGUUUGAACAUAUCUUUGGGAUGUUGUCUCAAUGUCAACCUGGCAAAACAAUUGAUUUGACAUAUGAACAGCUCAAUGAGUUAGGUAGCAUUACUUCUAAUGCAAUACGUUUAUUGGGUAAUACAUCAGCCUUGUUAUCACAAGAGCGAAGAAAAGCUGUAUUACAGAAGAUCAAUUCACAGAGUACUCUGGCAUCUUUGGCAUCUGAAGAAUUUCCUCAAGCCGGACGUAGCCUGUUUGGGGAAGGGUUUGAGGAAAGAAUUCGUACCCGUUCUGAGACUGCAAAAACUUUACUGCAGGCAGCCUCUGUAGGAAAUCGAAAACAACAGUUUUUUCGAGGCCGCACCACCCAAUUCCGCAAGUUUCGAGGGAACCAUGGGUUCGGUGCACAGCGAGGUUCCCACAGUUUCAGACGCAACAACUAUCAACCCAACUUCAGGGGUCGGGGGAGGAGCUCGCGAGGAUUCUAUCGCCAACAGCACUUCAACCCAGCAACAUCCAGUUAGAGCAGCAAGGUAUGUAUGUGAGUCCUUUCCCCUUAGCAGGACGUGUAAAACAUUAUUCCCAAAACUGGGCAUUGAUAAGCAACGCCCCAUGGGUUAUAGAGACAGUUCAGGGAUAUCAUAUCGAUCUUUUGCAGGUUCCAGUUCAGCAUGCCCUGCCCUUGCUACCUGUUCGCAGCAGAGAACAGAGUGCUCUAAUCGACUUAGAGGUCAAUCAAAUGCUCGAAAAAGCAGCUAUCCACAUAGUCCACCCACACGAGAAAGAGCAAGGUUUUAUAAGUGCUCUUUUUCUAGUCCCAAAGAAGGGGGGUGGCCAACGUCCAGUAGUAAAUUUACGUCCUCUAAACCAGUACAUCCCUUACGAACAUUUCAAGAUGGAAGGGAUACACAUGCUCAGGGACCUUCUAAGGAAGGACGAUUACAUGGUGAAAAUAGACCUAAAAGAUGCUUACUUUACGAUACCGGUUUGGAAAAACCAUCAGAAAUUCCUUCGGUUUAUUUGGAAGGAAACAAUGUACGAGUUUGCAUGCCUACCUUUCGGACUAUCAAGUGCCCCGCGGGUGUUCACAAAGUUAAUGAAACCGGUGGUUGCCCAAUUAAGGAAACAGGGUAUUCGUCUUAUUAUAUACCUGGACGACAUACUUAUUAUGGCCGAGACAGAAACCCUAGCCAAUCAACAUGCACAGACAACUUGCAAUCUUCUGGAGGCUCUAGGGUUUGUGAUAAACUAUCAGAAAUCCAACCUCACCCCAUCCAAAAAGAUGGAAUUUCUGGGAUUUUUAGUCGAUUCCCAAGCACUGACCCUUGCUCUUCCUCGCGACAAAAUUCGAAGAGUAAAGAAAGAGUGUCAGAACUCAGAAUCUCCUGGAUUUGCAGGUUGUCACAGUGCGAGAACUGGCCAAGGUUCUCGGUCAUCUCACUUCUACUAUCCAGGCUGUCUUUCCAGCCCCCCUACACUUCCGCCACUUACAGGAAUGCAAAAACAAAGCUCUGUGGUUAAGUCAUACGUACGAACACCCCUUCAAGUUGACCAUACAGGCCAAAGAGGAGCUGGUGUGGUGGAGAGACAACCUGGAUGCUUGGAAUGGAAAAGCCCUGGUUUCAGGGAGUCCAGACCUGGUUAUAGAGACCGAUGCCUCCCAAAAGGGUUGGGGAGCAUUUUGCAUGGGAACGUCCACAGGGGGGCAGUGGUCCCAAGCAGAAUCCUCUCUCCACAUCAAUUGUUUGGAACUUCUGGCCGGGGCCUUUGCUGUGAAAACAUUUACCAAAGGCAAGGCCAGGAUGACUGUUCGUUUGCUGAUGGACAAUGUGUCCGCAGCACACUACAUAAACAAGAUGGGGGGUACCAAAUCCCCAGUUUUAGCUCGACUAGCACUCGACCUUUGGGAUUGGUGCCUACAGCACGAAAUCCUUGUAGAGGCCGAAUAUCUCCCAGGAGUGCUAAAUGUUCGGGCAGACAGGGAGUCCAGAGUAAUGUUGGAUCGUCACGAUUGGAAGCUAGACCCCCAGGUGUUUUCCACAAUAAAUCAGUUGUGGGGCCCACUAGAGGUAGACCUCUUUGCUUCCCGGUUGACAACCCAGCUCCCAAGAUUUUACAGCUGGAGACCCGAUCCACAGGCAGAGGCCUCAGAUGCAUUUACCCAGGACUGGAGCAAGGUGAGGGGAUAUGCCUUCCCUCCAUUUGCUCUAGUGGGCAGAUGCCUGAAGAAACUAUUAGACCAGAGUGUCCCGUUUCUAGUACUGAUAGCACCUCUUUGGCAAUCCCAACCGUGGUAUCCACUUCUCCUACAGAGUUGUAUAGCGGCAUCGCCAGAUGGAGAUGCAUCCAUUAAUUAGACAAUCUCCAACUAGCAGGUUGGCUGCUAUCAGCCAAUCAUACACUCAAGCAGGCAUUUCACAACCAGCUCAAGAAUUGUUGCUGGCAGCAUGGCGCAAAGGCACAGCAACUACCUAUGCUUCCGCUUGGAGAAAGUGGGAUAGCUGGUGUUGUGAGCGGGAAAUUAGUUCAGUUCAUGCCCCAAUAGAAGCAAUUCUUGAGUUUUUAACAACAGAAUUUAACUCUAGUAAAGCGUACAGAACCCUAAACGUUUAUAGGUCGGCUAUAUCCAGCACCCAUGCUCACAUUGAUUUUGUGCGAGUGGGUGAGCACCCUUUAGUAGCUCAACUAUUAAAAGGUGCAUAUAACUUGCGACCACCCCUGCCAAGGUACUCCAGCAUGUGGGAUAUUGGGACUGUGUUGUCCUUUAUAGAAUCCAAAGGUACAAAUAACAACUUGACACUUAAGGAUUUAUCACAAAAGUUAGGCAUGCUGCUUGCUCUCACUGCAAUUGAAAGGGUUUCGGAGGUCAUUGCUCAUGACCUGCGAUAUCGCCAUUACUCCCAGGAUGGAGUAAUGUUCCAUCUACCAGAACUUACUAAAAAGUCUAAAGUUGGGUCAACGCUAAAAAUCAUCGUUUCAUGCUAGUUUUCCCAGCAACCCUAAACUGUGUGUUAUCGAAUGUUUGCGAGAGUAUGAAAAGCGAACAUCGGGCUUUCGCCCUAAAGAUCCUUCUAUGCCUAACAAACUUCUGCUGUCGCAUAUAAAACCCCACAAACCGAUCUCUUCGGCGACUUUUGGUAGGUGGUUGAAGGAUAUAAUUUCCAAGGCUGGUAUUGACACUGAUAUAUUUAAGGCCCAUUCUGUUAGAGGGGCUGCAGCUACGUCCUCCUUUAACAUAGGGAUUCCUCUUCAAGAUAUUCUAAAAUUGGCUGAUUGGUCUACUGAUUUUACGUUUAGGCGUUUUUAUUACAAACCGACUAAUCAACCAUUAGUGGCUCGAUCUCUACUGGCUGGUAGUCACAAUUCUCAAUGAACACGAGUUAUUGUUGCUUUAAAGUCACAUUGUUAUAUGAGACGACUGUUUCGAAGUAUAAUCACAGAUUAUGCAAGGGCCGCUUGCGGCCUGAAGUAUAAGAUGGAUUAUACGAGAAUAAAGGAGACGAAUAUAACAAUGUCCCUCCCUCCUCGCCCAGAGUAUAAAGAGAAAUUCGUGUUCAUGUUGCAGGGAUUUGUUUAUGUUUACAUUUGUGUGUGCUAUUUCUUCCUUUGCAGUGACAUCCUGAAGACGCUUGUUUGGUGUUUUGUUCAAGUCGACAGCGCAGAGACUUAUGGGAGUGUUAAAGUUUAA